AUUUUCUAGUGAGCAUAUUGAAUUCAGUAAUAUUGCAAAGAAAUUUAAAAGAAAAGCAGGUAUUUCAUAUGCAGUAGGAGCAAUUGAUGGAAGUCAUAUACCAAUUAAAGCACCUAAAGAAUUUCCUAUGGAUUAUUAUAAUAGAAAGGGAUUUUAUUCAAUUGUUUUACAAGCAGUUAUUGAUUCAUCUGAAAACUUUAUUGAUAUAUUUGUUGGAUAUCCUGGUUCAACUUAUGAUAGUAUAAUAUUUCAUAAUUCUUUAUUAUAUCAUAUGUUUAAUUCUUCUUCUUCAAUUAUUCCUACAAAUGCAUAUAUUCUUGGUGAUGCUAGUUAUUCUUACCAAAAUUGGUUACUUAUACCAUAUCGUAUAGAACAAGCAUUUGAAAAAUUAAAAUCAAGAUUUAGAUAUUUAAUUAAUCCUUUAACAACAUUAUUAGAAACUUCCAUUCUUAUUAUAAUAGCAACUUGUAUUUUAUAUAAUAUUUGUGAAGAAAGGCAAGAGGAUAUGUUAAAUGAUAAUGAAUACUUUGAUGAUCAAAAUCAUUUUCAAACUUUAUUAGGUAAUGAUAAUAUAACUAAUUCAACUAAUUCUAUUAGAGAUAAUUUAGCAAAUUAUUUAUGA